AGGCAAGAAUGAUGAAGACUGUUUUCAAUUUGAUGAAAAAAUUCCAGCGGUGAGAAAAAAGAUAGAGGCAGGAAGUAAAGAAGACACGCCAGCAGAUAGAGAGUGAGAUUCAAAAGACUCAUGUGGGAACAUUUGUUGUCUCGCUUACCAGAACAGGGUCUCAGUGAGGAGGAUCUUUUCAAGUUGAUGGACAAGUACAGAACAAUGAACACAGUUGACUGGGCAAGCGGCAGUUGUUCGGGAACAGUGUACAGCGGAGAGCCUGAACUGACACAACUGGCAGCUAAGACUUAUGGCCUUUACGCCUGGGCAAACCCUCUGCAUCCUGAUGUGUUCCCAGAUGUAAGGAGGAUGGAAGCAGAGAUUGUGAGGAUGUGCUGCACAAUGUUUAAUGGGGGACCAGAAACCUGUGGGGUGAUGACCUCUGGAGGUACAGAGAGUAUUCUACUAGCCUGUCUGUGUUACAGAAACCUAGCAUAUGAGCGCGGAAUUAAGCAUCCUGAAAUGUUGUGUCCAGUGACAGCCCAUGCAGCAUUUGAUAAGGCCGCUGCGUUCUUCAGAAUAAAGAUGGUUCAUGUCCCAGUUGACCCUGAGACACAGGUUGUGGAUGUGAGGGCUAUGAGGAGGUUGAUAUCUAGGAGAACUUGUAUGAUGGUUGCCUCUGUUCCGCAAUUUCCUCAUGGCACAGUCGACCCAGUGGAAGACGUGGCUGCGCUUGGUAAACGUUACGGAGUGCCUGUUCAUGUGGAUGCCUGCCUAGGUGGUUUUCUGAUCCCUUUCAUGGAGAAGGCUGGAUUUAACUUGCCUCCAUUUGAUUUCCGUUUGGAGGGCGUGACCAGUAUAUCAGCCGAUUCACAUAAGUACGGGUUUGCGCCCAAAGGUUCAUCUGUGAUACUGUACCGUAACCCAGAUCUAAGGAAGCAGCAGUGUUUCUCUCAGCCAGACUGGCCUGGUGGUAUCUACGCUACUCCAACUAUUGCGGGAAGCAGAGCAGGUGCAAUCAUUGCUACAUGCUGGGCAACCAUGAUGCACAUUGGGGAAAAUGGCUACGUGGAAUCCACCAAGAAGAUCAUCGCGACGACCAAGUUCAUAGAUGAAGGGUUGCGGAAGAUUCAUGGCAUACACGUGGUUGGUGAGCCUAAGGUGUGUGUGGUAGCUAUAGCCUCCAAACACUUUAACGUCUACCGUCUUUCUGAUGCCAUCAGGGUUAAAGGAUGGAGUCUCAACCCAUUGCAGUUCCCAUCAUCAAUUCAUCUGUGUGUUACUUAUGUUCACACGAAGCCAGGUGUGGCACAGCGCUUCCUUGAUGAUGUGAGAAGCAGCGUGGCUGAGAUCAUGAAUGACCCACAGGCAGAAUGUGGUGGCGCUGCUGCAAUUUAUGGCAUGGCCCAGAGCAUCCCUGAUCGGACACUGGUGAAUGAUAUGGCCCAGAUCUUCAUAGAUGCCUGUUACAGCACCUCCCAGCCUGUCAGUAAUGGAGAGGUGCACAGCCAGACUAAUGCCACCAUGCACUCUUCUGAGUAGCAUCUAUGGGGGCACACAAAGAUUGUUUCCAAAGAAGAAUUUUUCCACUUUCCACCUACAAUUUACUCAAAAUUCAUAUAGUUUUAGAUGUUUUUUUUUUCAAUGAAAUGAUUUAUGUGAUGUUGAUAUAUGUAAAGUUGGAGGUAAGUAUGUGGAAGCCUACGCAUUGUAAAUGAUUGUCUCAUACAUGUAUGUAUAUGAUUGUCUCAUACAUGUAUGUAUAUGAUUGUCUCAUACCUGUA